CGGCGUCGCCACGCCCGAACUAGCGAUGGAGAACAUACGCGUGAUGCCGGACGAGAGUGAUCUCGCGUCUUUGUUCGAUACAAAUGACGGGGGUAACACUUUUACGGACAGCGAGCUUCAUGAACUCCUAGGCAUUGUUGAAAGCACAAGUUACGCAGCGACGGCCUCUGAUCGUGAGUCACUUACCCCCAAUCCACGCGGCGCUUUGUAGGCCCCCAACGAACCGUUUCUCUACUUAUUUGUGAUACUCGAUCGCGUGCCAACCAUCGGCAUAUCACUAACAUGUCUCCUAUCUCUUCGUCCUUCAUGACACUUCGCAGUUGUAGGCAGUCUAAAUCACGUUGACCUAGGCUUUGCGAGUGUCCCCCAGAACGUAGCUGGAGUGACCAGUAAGCCGAGCCUCGAACAGUCUCACAUUUCAACGCUGGCUCCUAUUGUCUCACAGGACCAAAUGACCAUCUCCAACCAGGGGGGGGGUCGACCUGCAGGGAAAGUGAACGUGGCUGGCGCCGUCAGUGGAGAUACAAAAGGAAGUGGUGGGGCUCAACACGUGAAAGAAGCACUCAAUACUGCCGUGGAGUUUGGAGUAAACGGGUUAGCCCGUGCGCACUUCGUCUCCACCACGAGUCUCCAGUUUCAGCCUUCAACGCGUUACAUUUCAUACACCAGUGAUUCAGAGAGAGUUGAAAAAACGCUGAAUUCGAGUAAACAGGACAAGGUUGUGAACCCAUUGAUUGAAAAGAAUUUAUCGUCGAAACCGACAGUGCGUUCCUCUGUUUCGCCUGUUCGAGGUGAUGCAAGUGAUGGAUACGGUACGAGAGUUUCCCACGGUGCAUCAGAGAAGCAGCGUCGCGACCGGAUAAACGCGAUGAUCGAUGAACUGCGAUGUCUCGUUCCUGCUGGCGGUGAGGAGCAGGAUGCAGCUCAGGGGGAAGAUAGAAGAAGGUCGAAAUUCUCAGUUCUGCAGGACACGAUAAAUUUGAUAAGGACAUUGACUGUGACGGUCGAGAAACAGCGAAGACGAAUAGCAAAAUUAAGCAGCAGUGGUGGUGGCGAUUUCGGCGUCGAUUUUCAACCUGAACACGUCCCACACACGCGCACGUCAUCCCCUUCCACUGACUCUAUGCAUACCAAAGACGGCAUGAUAAAAUUCAGUGUCGACCUGAGAAAUGAUAAUUGUUACAUAAAAUUUCACACCAUUGACCGUCGUGGUUUACUUCCAGACCUGAUGUCUGCACUUCACGAACUCCCUAUGGACAUCACCCGCGCAAACAUCACAACGAAAGUGGACGACGCUGGGCGAAUGUGGGUGACCGACAUAUUCGAGCUGAAAAUUGGGGGUAUAAGAGGGGGUUUGCCACGGAUUUGCAGCGGCGAGGUGAAGCGGCGACUGCGAAACGCGCUUGUGGCGUCAACUAGAGCGUUCGAGGGUGAAGAUGGCAGCGGGAGUAAAAAGCGGAAAGAAAACGAUAACGGGGGGGGUUGA